UUUAAUUUAUUACACUUGUGUUCUGUGUGUGUCUCUCUCUUUUGCUUUCCAUAUUUCACUCAAUUCAUUCUCACUGAAAAAUGCUCUUUGCCUACCCAAGCUGGUCCUUUCUCUCUUAAUAUUUGCCUUUUUGUCACACUGUGUGUUUGUUUUUUCAGGUACUGAUCUUUUCUAUAUUUUCUCUUCUGGGCCUAUAGUUAAUUUCAUCAACCACUCCUCUCUCUUUCUCUCUCUCUCUGCUGCAACAACAGCUAUAGCUAGAGCUAUAGCUAGGGUUUCUCUGGCCACAGCUCCUCUUUAGUAUUUCCAACUCGAUCACAUCCAACAGUAUCUUUUAUUGAUCACUACUACUGCAACUCAAUUUUUCCCCCUUCUCAUCUUUUUCAAUCCAAACAGAUCUUGAAAGAAAGCUCACACACAAAGGAGAAAUAUAUAAAGAUUUUCAUCAGAUGAUGGCUUCAUCGAGUAGCUACUCCAACUCUCCAUGCGCAGCUUGCAAGUUCCUUCGGCGAAAAUGCAUGCCUGACUGCAUAUUCGCGCCGUAUUUCCCGCCGGAAGAGCCACAGAAAUUCGCAAACGUGCACAAGAUAUUUGGGGCGAGCAACGUGAGCAAGCUCCUGAACGAAGUUCUCCCACACCAAAGAGAGGACGCGGUUAACUCGUUGGCCUACGAAGCCGAGGCGAGGAUGAAAGACCCUGUCUACGGCUGCGUGGGCGCCAUCUCCGUCCUCCAACGCCAAGUCAUUCGCCUCCAGAAGGAAUUGGACGCCACCAACGCUGAUCUCAUGCGCUAUGCCCGCACCAUUGACCACCAUGGACAUGGACAUGGACAUGGACAUGGACUCUCCUCUCAUUCUUCUGCUAAUUCCCACCCUUAUGCAGCUGCCACUCAAAACUCAUCCUCCGCUCCCUCCUCCUUCUAUUUCACCAAUUCUCCAUGGAGCUGUGAUGAUCCCCAUUCGUGUAGUGGUGAUCAUCACAGAGCAGGUGGGGGUAAUAAUAUGUGAUUAAUUUGUUAUUACAAGCUAUAUCUAUAUCUUUAUAUAUAAAUAUAGCUUAUUAUAUUAUCUAUUAGUUUCUUAAUUAAUUAACUAGUUUUUAUACGGCUUUAAUUUGUUUAGGGUUCCCUCCUUGAAUAUAUGUCGUCCGUACAUUACCAUUAUUAUUGUCAUUGGGGAUAUAUAUAUAUAUUUAUAUGUAUCCAUUUAUAUAUAUAUUUUGGUGGAUAGGGUAGAUCAUCCAGUCUUUUGUUUCAUAUAAUUGAUCUACAUGUAAAGAAUAAUUUUCUUUGCUUUUUAUAUGUUAUCACUUAUCAUCAUGAUUGAGAGGGUAGCAAUGGUUGUAUUACUAUUUUUGAUCAUGACUAGAUCAAUCUAUAUAUCUUAUAUCUUUUGAUCUCUUGUAGUGUGUAUAAAUAGAGGAGAGAGAGAAUUGGGCUCUCUUGUUUUUACUUCAUCAUGAAGCUCUGUAUGUCUCUCUCUUACUCUAUACAUGUAAAUAAAAAGAAAAAAUAAAAAGAAAAGGUGGUAUGUGGGGUUAUUAUAAUUUGUCUUGUAUACAUAUAUGUGAAGAUCAUUAAUCUUUUGUAUGGAA